CUGUUGAUGCAGAUGGCAGAGUUGCUGUCACUCCCGAGUCCCGACAGCCUCUUCUGUGUCUUUCGUACUCGGCGAUUACACGCCCUGAAAACGCUGGAAACACCUCCUCGAUCACGCCGCCGAUCCUCGAGCCAAUAUGAGUACGCUUCCCACUCCCGACUUCAAGGCUGCCCGCGUGGGCGUGGAUAACGUCCAAAUCGAUGGAUUGGUGGUUAUGCAGAUGAUCAAGCACUGCCAUGGCCCGAAUCUGUCCAAUCAGGACAUUGUUCAAGGCGCUCUGCUGGGUCUGGUGUCAGAUACCAAAUUGGAGAUCACCCAUUCAUUUCCGUUUCCCAAUAGCACGGACGAGUCCGUGGACGAUGAGGGAUUCCAAUACGCCUUGAUCACGGGACUGCGCUCCGUGCAAGUGGAUCAUCUGCAAGUGGGUUGGUACCAGUCCGCCCAUUUCGGCAACUUCCUCUCGCCCCAGUUGUUGGAGUCUCAUUUCGCCUACCAGACCUCCAUUGAGGAGUCGAUCUGUUUGAUCUUUGACACGGGCAAAACCGAAAAGGGCUUCCUGUCUUUAAAGGCCUAUCGUCUCACGCCUCAGGCUAUCGAACUGUACAAGGCCGGGGAAUUCACGCCCGAGGCUAUUCGCCUCCAAAAGGUCACCUAUGACACGGUGUUCCAAGAGGUGCCGAUCGCGAUCAAGAACUCGCACUUGGUCAAUGAGCUGUUGCUCGAGUUGUCGGAACAAGUACCGGCUGAGGCCAACCCCCAGUAUUUGGAUCUGGGUUCGGCCGAUGUCUUGGAGAAGCAAUUGAAGCAUCUCAUUGACUCGGUGGAUGAUCUGAAUUUGGAGUCCAUCAAGUUCAACAAGUACCAGAACAUGUCCAUCAAGCAGUUCCAGGAUAAGACGCGCUACCUGCAAAAGCGGCAACAAGACAACACGGCUCGUUUGGCUCGAGGGGAGGAGCCGUUGCCGGAUGAGGACAUCAACAAGGUGUUCAAGCCGAUUGCCCCGCCCAGCCGACUCAAUUCGUUGAUCAUGUCUGGACAUAUCGCCUCAUGCUCGGAACACGUGUCUCAAUUCUGUUCGUCCUCCAUGGCCAAGUGGUUCACGUCGGAAUCCCUGCAGAACGCCAAAACCAAAUCGGGCGGAACUGGAUCUAGCUCCUAAAGAGUUGCAGUGAAGAAGAAUGUCUUUUUAUGUUGUAAUGCCAUUCAUGUGCUACCCAUUCCCUCGUCGCUUGUGGAAUAGAUUGAGAAAAAAGGGA